AUGUUCUCCGGCCCAAUUAAUCCCUACGAUGAGCUCGUUGACAAGGCCACUGACGAGAACCUCGCGUCCGAAGACUGGGAUGUCAACCUCCAGAUCUGUGACAAGGUUACCGAAGAGGGUGCGCCGGGUGCUCGCAACGCAGUUGCUGCGCUUGUGAAGCGUCUUGCCCACCGCAACCCCAAUGUCCAGAUCUACGCACUUGAGCUCGCAAACACAUUGGCACAAAACUGCCAGAGGCCGCUGCAGCAGGAGCUCGCAGGAAAGCAGUGGACGAUGGCGCUCGAGCGCAUCCUGAACGACCGCGCAACCGUCAAGCCUGUGCGUAACAAGGUACUGAAGUACAUUAAGGAGUGGACGCAGCAGUUUGAGGGCACGGGGGACCCACAGUUGGGCCUCAUGUCGGAGCUGUAUGAUAAGCUGAGGUCGAAGGACUACAACUUUGACGAGGCAGACGACCUAGUACCGACGCGCGAGGACGCGAGACGGCAGGCCGAGGAGGACGAGCUGGCGCGUGUGUUGGAACUGUCCAAGCAAGACAAGGGCGGGCGAGGAGCCACCGGGUACAACAGGCCGGGCGGGUCGUCGAGCGGUGUAGGUUCGUCGAGCGCUGCCUCCGCCGCCGCUGCGGCCCCUUUCGCUGCAGCUCCGUCCGCUGGACCGCCCAUGGUCGCAGCAUCGUAUGCCUCUGGGCCUGUGCAAACCAACGCCGCCCCGCACAGCCAGUACAGGGGCCCAUCUGCGCAUGACUACGAGCUGAUGGAUCCCCCUCUCGGGGCUGGACCAGAGUACCAGGCGCCUCAGUCUGGUUCUUACGCCCAGCAGGGAUACCCGGCCCCAGCACCUGCUCCCGUUCCCGACGGGCCACUCGACAUCAACAAGGCAACGCGUGUGCGUGCGCUGUACAGUUUCACUUCCGAGACGGUCGGCGAGCUGCCGUUUGAGCGCGGCGACAUGAUCAAGGUGCUCGACCGCAGCUUCCAUGAGUGGUGGCGUGGUGCGUGCAACGGCAAGAUCGGCAUCUUCCCUGCUACCUAUGUGGAGCCGCUGCCAGAGCCGACUUACAUGGAACUGCAAGAGGAGGCGCAGGAGGAGGCGCGCGUGUUUGCAUCGCUGAGUAUUGUGGACGAGCUCCUGCGGUCGCUCAAGGAUAUUGACCCUGCCCGUGGAGAGCGCCUCGAGGACAACCCGGAGAUCCAGGAGAUGUACCAGAGGAGCGUCGGACUGCAAGGCGGGAUCAACGCUCUCAUCAAGAAGUACUCAGACCAGAAGGCCGAGCUUGAGCACAUGAACGCCAACCUCGUGCGCGCGAUGCAGCAGUACGAGGAGCUCAAGGGCGGAGCCCCUCCCGCACAGCCGUACGCGCCGCAGCCAUAUGGCGUGCCUCCUAGUUCCCAGGACUCGGGGCUUGCUCCCCAGUCUUACGGCUACAACCAGUAUCCGCAAGAGUCGCCUGCGGCUGUUCCGCAGGGCCCGCAGUACCAGCUCGAGUCGCAGGCCUACCCGACCGAGUCCCCUGCUGUGAUGCCUCAGGCGCAGCCUGGCUACCCUCAGCAGCACGGCCAGCCUCCGCAUGGCAUAUACUACCAGAACGCGCACAGCUCGACGAGCGUCAACCACCCUCCAGCUGGACACGUACUGGGCUCGCCGCCGCGGCAGGGCUCGGGGUCCGCGCCGGCGGACCCCAACCAGGCCGCGUGGGACGCGUACUAUCGCCAGCAAGGACAGGUCCCGCCGCAGGGUGCACCUCCUCCCGGUGCGCCCGUCGCCGCACCAUACCCCCAGCAGCAGUACUAUGCGCAGCAGACUGCUGACGGCGUGACUGGGCAGAUGGGCCAGAUGAGCGUUAGCUAG